AUGGAGGCGACAAGCUCGGCUGCGCCGCCAUUACCGGCCGAGCUGACGACAGACUCCGCGGCACUGGAGCAGCUGCGCCAGCUGCUGAUCGGCGGGGGUGUGGAUCUGGCUCUGCGCACCGAGCAGCAGGGCGAAGGUUUUGAAACCCGCUCUGGACGAAUUAGUCGGCGACCGCACCACCCCAUCACGCGGCCUUCGGAGGAACCUAAGCCACCCUCGUCGAACGGCGAACCACCGCUUAAGAAGCCUAGAGGACCGGGGCGGCCGCCAAAGUUUACAGCGGAGGAGCGAGCAAUACGCCGCAGAGAGAGAAACAAGGAAGCUGCCGUACUCAGCAGACAGAAAACGAAAGCUAAGUUGGCCGCCGCGGCGGACACGGCAAAGGAGUUGGACGAACGUGCACGCGAGUGCGAGGCGCUGCGAGAGCGUUGUGCCCAGCUCGAGGCAAGGGUAAACCAGCUCCAGGCCCAGAUCGUCGGCUUGGGACACACGCCCGCGCCACCGACAUACACCGAGAAGGUCUACCACUCGCCGCCUCCGCCAUCAACGAAGGAGCCGCCCGCCCCAGGCCGAUCGCCCAAAACCGCGAAGACGACAGCGAGGGAGCCUACACCGCCGCCGUCUGCUCCAGCGCAGUCUCCUAUGCCGCCUCCACCGGCGCCGUCCCAGCCGCAGACUCCGAUGGCACCUCCACCUCUCCCACCCAUGUCUGAAGCGGAAGCCGCAGCAGCGGCAGCGGCGGUACUCAGUUCCGGCUUUAACGCGGCCGCGUUCGCGACGCCGUCGGCGGUGACAUCCAGCUUCAGCACCCCCGCUGUGCUGACGCCGCUCACUGAUGCGGCCAUGGCGACGCACGCGCAAGAGACGACGUCGCCCGCUGAUCUCACCGGCGCCUACACGGGCUUCGAGGGCGGGGACGAUUACGACACGAUGUCUCUCUCGGCCCUGUUCAACUUUGACGAUCUGCCCGAGGACGCGGCCGACGAGGACUUCGUGCCGCCCACGUCGCCGAAGCCCGGCGAGUCCUCCUCAGACGACGAGGACGAGGACGAAGAUGAAGAUGAGGACGAGGACGAGUCUGGUGACGGAGAAGACAGCGGGAAGGAGAAUGAGGAGGAGAAACUGCACCGCGGACAGAAGCGGCCGAGGGAGGAGGAUGAGGCCGGCGACGAAGCAGAGGACAUGUUCUUACCCAUUCGCGAUGUGCCGAUCCCCAUCGAGGAGGUGUAUAGCGAGGCUAUGGCUGCGCUUGGCGUCAGCAGCAAGGAGGAGCUCACCAAGGUCGUCGCUAGUAUCGUGCAGGGCGCGUCGCAGGGACAUGUCAGCCCUGAGGCUGUCGAAGUCCUCCGUCGUCUCGUCACCAUCGCCGAGGCGCAAGGGAUGUACGCCAAGGACAACCAGUCUUCGUCGCGGUGA